UAAUCCAACCCUUUAUAUAUUUGCUGCUGGCUACACUCUUAGCCUUAGCAAAUGGAACCAACAGAGGCCACUUACAAUGGCAAUGGUGACACCCAAAUAAUCAGUUGGUUCGAAGAAACUACCGAGAACGUCGCCGCUGUUCAGCGGCAGACGCUUCGCCGGAUUCUUGAACUCAACCAUGGUGUUGAAUGUCUCAAGAAAUGGCUUGGAAAUAUUAGACUUCAAGAUAUUAUGAAUGAAAAUGCAUUGGAAUCACUCUUUGCAACUAUGGUCCCUCUUGUUUCUCAUGCAGAUUUUGAGCCUUAUAUUCAGAGAAUUGCUGAUGGUGAAACAGCUCCUCUUAUCACUCAAGAACCAAUCACAACUCUGUCCUUAAGUUCUGGCACCACAGAGGGAAGACAAAAGUUUGUGCCUUUUACUCACCAUAGCUCCCAAACUACUCUCCAAAUUUUCAAGUUAGCAGCAGCUUACAGAUCAAGGAUUUAUUCAAUAAGAGGAGGAGGAAAAGUUCUUGAAUUCAUAUACAGCAGCAAACAAUAUAAAACAAAAGGGGGACUAAUAGCAGGAACAGCUACAACUCAUUAUUAUGCUAGUAAGGAAUUCAAGAUUAAACAGCAAGACACAAAGUCUUUUACUUGCAGCCCUGAGGAAGUCAUUUCAAGUGGAGAUUAUAAACAAUCUACAUAUUGUCACCUCCUUCUUGGCUUGUAUUUUUCUGAGGAAGUGGAAUUUGUGACCUCAACUUUUGCAUAUAGCAUUGUUCAAGCAUUCAGAUCAUUUGAAGAGCUGUGGAAAGAAUUAUGUCAUGAUAUUAGGGAAGGCACUCUUAGUUCAAGAAUCAACAUAACUAAAGUCCGAAACGCCGUCUUAGGUAUUACUUUGCCAAAUCCAGAGUUGGCUUCAAGAAUUGAAUCAAUUUGUGAGGAAGUAGAAAGGGAAGAUUGGCUUAGCAUAAUUCCAAGAUUAUGGCCAAAUGCUAAGUAUGUUUACUCAAUAAUGACUGGCUCAAUGCAACCAUAUUUAACAAAACUGAGGCAUUAUGCUGGAGAAUUGCCUUUGGUGAGUGCUGAUUAUGGGUCUACAGAGAGUUGGAUUGGAGUGAAUGUGGAACCUUCAUAUCCACCAGAGAAAGUUACUUUUGCAGUAAUACCCACUUUUGCUUACUUUGAAUUCAUACCACUACAUAGAACCAAGUCACAAAAUUACAAUAAUAGCCAAGAUACCAAUCUAGCCACUGAUGACUUUAUAGAAGAUGAGCCAGUUCCCUUAUCUCAAGUCAAGAUUGGACAAGAAUAUGAGAUUGUCCUCACCACUUUUACAGGUCUUUAUCGGUAUAGACUAGGGGAUGUAGUAGAAGUGGCCGGUUUUCACGGGAAGACCCCUAGACUCAACUUCAUAUGUAGGAGAAAGCUGAUACUGACAGUAAAUAUCGAUAAGAACACCGAGAAAGACCUCCAGUUAGUGGUGGAGAGAGGUUCACAGAUCCUAAGUAAAUCAAGAGCUGAGCUAGUUGAUUUCACAAGUCAUGCAAAUGUAGCAAAAAGACCAGGCCAUUAUGUGAUCUAUUGGGAAAUCAAAGGAGAAGUUGAAGAAAAAGUUUUAGGAGAAUGUUGUAGGGAAAUGGAUGCUUCUUUUGUGGAUCAUGGAUAUGUUGUAUCAAGAAAAACAAAUUCAAUUGGACCAUUGGAACUUUGCAUUGUGGAGAGAGGUACUUUUAAGAAGAUUUUGGAAUAUUUCAUAGGAAAUGGAGCAGCAUUGAGCCAGUUUAAAACUCCUAGAUGUACUAGCAACCAAGUUCUAUUGAGAAUUCUCAAUGUUUGUACCAUUAAAAGGGUUUAUAGUACAGCCUAUGGUUUAUAAAAAUGUUUGUAUUGAACGUGAUACAUAUAGCAAUAUUUUGUUUUUUAAAAAUUA